GCUACAACUAUUGAUCCACUGAUCAGGAUCUUUCUUAGCCAAUACAGAUUUAAGAAGUAUAACGGGUUGUGCAGUUUUGCAACUCAGAGGUGCAUUGAUGAAACAUGCAAAAACUUUCCAGACUCAAUUAGAGAAAAAAAUAUCUAAAUGGAAGAUACCACUUUGCAGAACUCAUACACAGCACCUGAAAUUAAGCACCUUAUUCCUAGUUAGGGUUAAUUUCAGGUUUACGGAGUUCAGAACCAACUUUUACUUAGAAACUAAUGUUUUUAUCUGUAAGUAUACCCCUAAAUCUUCAGGGUAAGAGCUUUGUGGGCUUUUAAACAUAUACAUUGUUGUUCUUUUCUGUUAACUUUAAUUGUCUGUGACAGAUUUUAAAACACUUUUGCCUUAAGCCUUGUAUUACUGCUUUAUUGUUAUAUUUUCACCAUUUUCUGUUCAGUGUGGAGCUGACUUUCCCUUUACCUCUCCACAGAUUGGAGUUGUGCAGAAAAAAUGUGAGAUCUAAAUGAUCCACGUCACAGCAGUAAAAUCUAAAUUAAGAUUUUUUCUUCAUUGGCUUCUGAGUUUUACGUAUAAAUUUAGAAGUUGUUAAAAUGUAAUGUGCUCUGUUUUCUUUUGGGACUGUAUUUAUUUUUGUGCAACUGAUGAACAAGUCGCAGGAGGAUGUUGGCUUUAGGCAGACAUGUCCAGGCUGAGAGCAGGAGAAAGGCCAGGUCAUUUAUGAGAUCGACAUCCAGAUUAAAGAUGCAAUUGGCCGACAACACCAGUGUGCCACAAUCCAGCUCGACUUCCAGCUGCCCAUCAGAUUCAACCUUCAGUACGUCGGACGAGACGGACAGCUGCACAGACCAGUGAUGAUCCACAGGGCUGUACUGGGGUCACUGGAGAGAAUGAUCGCUAUACUGGCUGAAAACUUUGGAGGCAAAUGGCCGCUGUGGUUGUCUCCGUCGCAGAUCAUGGUGAUUCCUGUAGGGGGCAACAGUGAGUCAUACGCUAGACAGGUGGUCGCGACGUUCCACGAAGCUGGCUUCAUGGUGGAUUUCAACAACGAUCCAGGAGCGACCUUAAAUAAGAAGAUUCGCUCCGCUCAGCUGGCCCAGUACAACUACAUAUUUGUGGUGGGUGAUAAGGAGCGUGAGAGUGGAGCAGUAAACGUGAGGAGCAGAGGGGGUAAACAGUUGGGCAGCAGACAAACAGAGGAGGUCCUGAGGUCCCUCAUACAUCUACGAGACACCAGGAGCAACCAAGACGAGCUUUAACACCGGCUCAUUUCCAGGAUUAAAUCAUGGCUUCAUUCUCUGUUUUGUUACUUUAUUCUUUUUUUUUAUGAAUGUGAAUGCUAUCAGUUCUAAUAAAAGUACAUUAACAUUA